AUGUUGCGGGUGCCCCCCAGCAAGUGGGCGGACCUAUCGGAUGGCCAUGAGGCUGAGGGAAACACAAGGCAGGGAGGGCCAGCAUUUCAUGCCUGGAGGUCAGGGAGGCCCCCUGGGGAAGGCCAGGCCAUCCAGGCCCCUGUCCCUGCCACCAUCACCUGGGCCGUCCUCUGCAGCCCUGAUGUGCUGAGCUCCGGGUGUCACUUGGUCUCCUGGCGGGUACUGUACUUCCAGGGCACUGUCAUCCUCCUGGUCCUGACCCUGCUCCUGCUGGCCGGCUUUCUGCACCUGGACAUGAGGUUUUUCAUACCCCUGCUCCAGGGGGCCGCAAAGCUGCCCGUCACCAACGUCAUGUUCCUCAAGACGCACAAGACGGCCAGCACCACCAUGCUCAACGUGCUCUUCCGCUUUGCGGAGACACAUAACCUGUCGGUCGCGCUGCCCGGAGGCGCAAACUAUCACCUGGGCUACCCCUCGCUCUUCCUGGCCGGCUACGUGGAGGGCAGACAGGAGAAGGGCCUCGGCCAGCAGAGACGCUUCAACAUCCUGUGCAACCACCUGAGAUUCAACCUGCCAGAGGUGCAGAAAGUAAUGCCUGAGGACACCUUCUACUUCUCUGUCAUCCGGAACCCCGUCUUCCAGCUGGAGUCCUCCUUCGCCUACUACAAAGGCUACGCGCCCGCCUUCCAGGCUCCGAGGAACCUGAGCACCUUCCUGGCCUCACCGUGGACCUACUACAAUAAGAGCACCGACCCGAAGAAUGUCUACGCCAGGAACAACAUGUGGUUCGACUUCGGCUUCGACAACAACGCCUGGCCCGAGGAGGCCUACGUGCGCGCGCGCAUCGCGGAGGUGGAGCGGCACUUCCAGCUGAUCCUCAUUGCGGAGUACUUCGAUGAGUCCAUGGUGCUGCUGAGCCACGCCCUGCGCUGGACGCUGGACGACGUGGUCUACUUCAAGCUAAACUUUCGCAGCCAGCGCAGUGUCACGAGCCUGACUCCUCAGGACCAGGAGCGCGCCAAGCAGUGGUGCGCGCUCGACUGGCGCCUCUACCAGCACUUCAACCGCACCUUCUGGGCCAGGAUUCAAGCAGAGCUGGGUCCGCAGCGGCUGCGCAGCCAGGUGGCACUGCUGCAGGUGCGGCGGCGCCAGCUCAUGGACCUGUGCGUGCAGGACGGGGUGCCCAAGAACGAAUCGCAGAUCAAGGACCUGCAGCUGAAGCCCUACCAGUCCGGGAAGGCUGACAUCCUGGGCUACACCCUGCGGCUGGGCCUGGACAACGCAACCCUGCAGCUCUGUCAGAGGAUGGCCAUGCCCGAGCUCCAGUACAUGGCUCACCUGUACGCCCUACAGUUCCCGGAGAAGCCCCCUAAGAAGAUCCCGUUCCUGGAGGGGUAG